AUGGCUGACGAAGCGGCGCUCAUCCGUGCGGAGGAAGAGGCCAGAGUGGCCACUUGGUGCCGUCAGCAAGGUGUGGCCAAUGAGAUGGACCUGGCCUUCUUUUACCUCACCUUUGAUGAGGCCUGUUCGCGCUGUUGCCAAUGCCUGGCAGCAGGCUCGAGCCGGCCUGAGCCUGUGGUGAUUACGGCCCACCUCCCACCUAGCUCCUACGAGGCGUCCUCUUCGUCGCACACGGUGGGUGAGAACCAGUUGCUGGCCAUCAUGUUGGCUUGCUCUAGCCACAGACCUUCUACAGCCAAUGAGAGGGACGCCAUGCGGGCAUUCGUCCUGGACAUGGUUGGCCGGACCGAGCAGGUGGAGCUCAAUGCCCUCACGGCCUUGCAGCUGGCUGCCUUCAUGAGGGCGCAUAAGGCUCCGACCCGGGCCUACAAUGCCCUGUUUUGGAUGAACAAGAACCUCAAGCUGGUCUAUGAUACGUCUCUUCUGAUCAAGCCCGCCAAGAAAUCUGCCCCUACAAAGUUUGGGGGUGGGGCCAAACAGGCUCCCGUCAUCCCCCCAGUAGCAAUCACUGUCCUCGAGACGUGUUUGGAGGCCGAAGUCCGGCAUCACAGGUGGACUACCUUGUUCGCUGCCCACUGCAUGAUCUUCGGUGUGGUUCGUUUCGCCCACAUCCAGAGAUCCGUGGUCCACUCCGUUGAUGAUGUGGCCAUCUACAUGUGGUGCUACCGAGGUAAGCAGACUCAUACCCGGUCUGGGUUUUACUGGAGUGUCCCCAGGUUCAGCCUGGAUGGGGUGGACAUUUGGCUCGACCUUCGGGUCCAGCUGGCCAGAUUUGCUGCAGCCCGAAAGCAGGCGGGUCUCGCUGCUAAGGGUUUGUGCUUCGACCUCAACGCCAUGAUGCCUUUGAAGAUUCAGGGCUUCAUCCAAGGAGUUUGUGGGUGGUUGCAGGACGUCAUUGCGCGCCCUUCUCAGCUGUCGUCGUACAGCCUUCAGCGUGUCGCGCCUACCUGGGGAGCUAUUGCUGGCCUGUCCGAGCCGGACAAGCUGGCCCUUGGGAACUGGAUCUCGACUUCGCAGGUCCACGCAGUUGAAAUGGGCUUUGCUUGGGGCGGCGAGGGCUUUUGGUCACAAGACUCGCUGGCAGGUGCCGCUGAGGUCAUCAAUCCCGACCUUCCUCAGCAAGAUGACGCCACGCUCCAGGUGGACGAGCCUGCUGUGGAUCCGUCAGAUCCUCCUCAGACAGAUGACCCUGACGAGUUCUUUGAUCGUCUGGCUCGAGCCUUCCUGAAGCGGCAGCGGAUCUCCUUUGUGGUCAGUGCUAUGUGCUAUGCGGGAAAAGGCUUCGGACUUGGGUGGAGCCUCUGCCGCGCGGUUCCUUCAGGUGAGAGCGCUCUCAUCCACUGCAAAGCCGGGGUCCAUAGGGCUCCCAUGCUCACGGCUGUGAUCUUGGGCAUCCUGGACGACCUAACCCUGGACUCCACUCCAGGCGUGGAGGUGAUGCCAUCUUUGACUGGUGCCGUCAGCAACUUUCUCGGAAAGAGGGAUGGCACCCAUUUUGAGACGGUGGUCCUCUACAUGCAGAAGUUGCUUCAGACAGAGGCCUGGCAGCGGGACCUCGAGUCCCUUGAGGGCAAAGUUUGCGAUUGCCCCGCCAACCGGCUCUGCCACGGUGAUGUUCUGGCCUCAGCGGCGCCUCCCCUUGUGCCAUUCAACCUUGGCCCGGAUGGCCACUUCAUGUUUGCAUCCCAGGUGCAGGCAACUGGCAAGCCGUUAGUCGACGAGGACCUGCGCUUGAAGGUCCUUCAAGAGCUCGGCCGUCGGUGGCAGCCCGUCACGGACUGCCUCGCCCAGUUCCAACUACCAGAAGUGGCCUCAUCCACCAGAGGUCGGCACCUGGGCUUGAUUGGCCUUCUGUGCAUCUUGGCCGACUGGCCUGACACCACCUUUAUGAGGGGCCUGGUUCAGGGUUUUCUCUGCGUGGGUUUCUCCCCGCAUGUGCCUGUCUACGACUGCCAGCCAGCAGAUUGGAUCUGCCCGGAGGACAUCUGGAUGACAGCAGAAGACGACGCCGCACGAAUCCGUGCCUCACUGCGACCUUCAGAGUUUGACGAGGCCAUCUCUGACGCUGGCGCCAAAGACGAGGCCUUGGGGUUUUGCGGCCCAGCCAUGUCUUGGCAAGAGCUGUCUGCUCAAGGCCGCCGCUUCCGCCUUAUCCGGUACUUCGGCCAACUGUUCGGUCUGCCCUUAGCAGUCACGAGCUUCAACCGAUGGCCACGUAUGCUGCAGUGCUUCUUUAGGCGUUUCGGGGCUUGCAUGGCGAGCAUGUACUUCGAUGACCUCACUGUGCAGGACGUCACCAUGGCGAAGGGCUCCAGUCAGCAGUUUUGCGUUGCCGUGGCUCGAUUGCUUGGAUCACCAUUCUCAGCCGAGAAGCAUCAGGCCAUGCAUUCAGAGGGCGACUUUCUGGGGCUUUGGCAUUCAGUCGGCAACGCUCAAGACACUGGUGGCACCACCUUCUGGGUGAGACAGCGGCUGGUCGACAAGGUAGAGGGCUACAUGGCCACUUGCUUCGCUUCCGGUGAGUUGCGGCCUGGCCUGGCUUCCAAGCUCUUUGGAUGCCUGACUUUCUUGAGUCACGGGUGCUUUGGCAAGGGCUGGCCUGACUUUGCUGCAAGCACGACAGCUGGCUCCCAGGACAGAAGAAGCCGACAGGGCUCUGCAGGUGCUCUGGCGGUUACACCUGCCUUGCAGAGGAUCGGUUUGAUCCUUGCGGUUGACGACCGCCUCUUCGAUACCUGGGACCAUCAGGCGGCCAAGAUCUCCCAGCUGGAACUUUGCAUAAUUAGUCCUGAUGGCGUUGGUCAUCACAGACUCUGGUUCGUGGACAACGUGCCAGCAUUGAUGAGCCUCAUCCGCGGUCGAAGUUCCACUUCUGAGCUGGAUACCAUGGCGGGGGCCGUCCAUGGCAUCUUAUACGGUCUUCACUGUAGCCUGUACUUCGAGUGGGUGGCCAGCAAGGAAUGGGUGGACCUGAGUACGUACAAAGUCGGAGACGAGGUCCACUACAAGCCGGAGGGUCAGAGCACCAGUUACGUCUACCCAUUGAACUACGGCAGCUUGCAGUGCGAGGCGCACGACCUGAACUUGCCGCCCUUCUGCAGUGACGACGCUGCCCCCGCCUGGUGCACCCAAAAGUGGUGCUAUGUGGAUCCCAACAACUGCCAGGGGACCACGGCCUACCGAAGUGUGCUCUUCGCGAACUCCAACGCCUUCUACAGCUACGCGACCUGCGGAGAGUCCAACGAGUUCACGACCUGGUCGGAAACUCUGACGUCCGGCUCCAGCAGUAGUGUGACGCAGCUGGUGGACGUGAUCUCAGGCUACUUGUGGAGCACCCGGUCUAGGUUGGAGGCGGAGCAAGCCAGCCUCAACGCCAGCGGCUGGUGCAGCCACUACAAGCAGUGCCCCUGCUUGGAGUGUCAGCAGAACGAGCUGUGGCAGGCCAAAGCGGACUUCAGCGAGGUGGGGGUCUACCCCAAACGCGAGCUUUUCUCCUGCCUGAGCCGGCCGGUAGCUCAGAGCUUCACCAACAUCGCUGCCAAGGAGGGCCAGCCGCUGGAGCGCAUUGGGUACCAGUACUUCUCGGACCACGAGACUGGGAGCUACAUGGGCUGGCCUGCAGUGGAGUGGUGCCUUGGGGAGACCUAUGAUCCACGGCUACGGCCCUGGUAUUCCUCGGGCUCCACGGGGCCCAAGGACGUGGUCAUCGUGGUGGACGUGUCCGGGUCCAUGCAGCUGAACGGCCGCGCCUUGCUGGCGAAGCGGGCCACCAAGGCCGUGAUCGAGACCUUGGAGUGGAAGGAUUUCGCCACCAUCAUCCUGUUCAACAACGGCAUUUCGGCCCAGUACUCUCAGAUGCUGGUGCCCAUGUUCGACGCAGAGCGGAAGAAUGCACUUCUCUGGCUGGAGCAGCAGGUGUGGGACAGCGGGGGCACCAACUUCGUGACAGCCAUGGACAGCGCCUUCAACGUCAUCAGCUCCUCCGUGAGCGCUGGGAAGACCUCCAUGUGCCAGAAGGCCAUCCUCUUUAUGACUGACGGUGAAGCCGAGUUCACUUCGUCCGACUUCGCGCGCGUGAAGAGCAGCGCCCUGCAGUACAGCGUCACGGUCUUUAGCUACGCCUUAGGCUCCGGCGCGGAUGCAACCAUCACCAAGCAGCUGGCCUGCGACAACCGAGGCAUCUUCUAUCCGGUGCCGGACAACGCUGACCUGGCCAGCAUCAUGUCCAGGUACUACGAAUAUUUCGCCUCCGGCGUGGAGAUGUGUUCGCCCUCCUUCACCAGAUACACGGACGUGGUCACGGGCUCCGAGCUGUGGCCGGGAUGCUUACCUGCCUACGACCGCACCGGGGACGAGAACAGACUGCUGGGCGUGAGCUGCUUUGACCUCAAUGUGAUGGUGGACAUCGAGGACAUGAAGACAAAAACUUACUGGCGGGACUUUGUGUGCAAGCUGUCUGACCUCACGAAGCAGUGUCUGCAGCUGGACACCAACGACUGCCGCCUCGAAAAGCUCCGGCGCUCCUAUAGCCAGGAGUCCGUGUGCAUCAACAUGGACACUUCCGCCACCUGCCCCUGCGCAGAUCCAGCGUGCCAAGAUGAUACCAACUGGCUCGACGAGUUGGGCUACUUCUGCGACACCUGGGUGGGGGACGACUGCCGGCGCGCCGCGGCGGACUGGGGCUACAGCGCCGCGGGGCAGUCGGCGGUGCUGCAGAAGUGCCGCCGGUCCUGCGGCGUCUGCCCACAGGUCAACCCCUGCCCCAAGCAGAACCAGUGCAGUUCGAGGGCGGCUCAGCUGCCAAGCUGCCGGGCCGACCUCACGGACAAGGUCUCCCCCAACGGCCUGCAGGUGACCGAAAUCGCCAGCCCCAACGCCGCGCCAAGUGCCAACUGGGCGGUGAGGAGCGCGUGGACCCUGACCUUGGCGAUGUUGGCACUCACGUAG